CAUCCUCAGCGCGCACGCGCGGCGAAUCGCUUCCCUCCGCCCCCGGUUGCUGCCGCUGCUCCUGCGGCUUCUCCAGACUGACGGCCCGCGCUCGCACCUCAGAUAUUAUAAAACUGCUCACUGGCAAGGGCUGAAGAUGGCAGGAACUGAGAAAAAUUGUGUCUCUGGAAGAAUGCAUGAGCUUCGUCCAUAUGUGGAAGGCUGGUGAUCUGUACUGCAGUACUCUCUUGCCAUGCUGGGCAGAGGCAGCAAACAACAGCACCUGGCACGCCCCAGUCCCUACCCACACUCCAUAGGGUGGGAUGUGAAGCUGUGAAAUGGUGUGACUACCAGGAUGUGAAGAAGUUUGGAGGCUACUAGAGCCUGUUUGCCUUCACUGUCCUCAGCACCCUGAGCAGGACUGGUCGACACAAGUUACUGAUUUAUUCUUGAGAUUCUUCUGCUCUGAUUAUCCUCAUGGAUGAACUUCAGGAUGUUCAACUCACAGAGAUUAAACCACUUCUAAAUGAUAAGAAUGGCACACGAAACUUCCAGGACUUUGACUGUCAGGAACAUGACAUAGAAACACCCCAUGGUAUGGUCCACGUCACCAUAAGAGGCUUACCAAAGGGAAACAGACCAGUUAUCCUGACAUACCAUGACAUUGGACUCAACCAUAAAUCCUGUUUCAACACAUUCUUCAACUUUGAGGAUAUGCAAGAGAUCACCCAGCACUUUGCUGUCUGUCAUGUGGAUGCCCCAGGCCAACAGGAAGGGGCACCCUCCUUCCCAACAGGUUUGAAAAGCAUCAUUGGUAUUGGAGUUGGAGCUGGAGCCUACAUCCUCAGCAGAUUUGCACUCAACCAUCCAGAGCUUGUAGAAGGUCUUGUGCUCAUUAACAUUGACCCAUGUGCUAAAGGCUGGAUUGACUGGGCAGCUUCCAAACUCUCAGGCUUGACAACCAACAUUGUGGACAUAAUUUUGGCUCAUCACUUUGGGCAGGAAGAGUUGCAAGCCAACUUGGACCUGAUUCAAACCUACAGGCUGCAUAUUGCCCAAGACAUCAACCAAGAAAACCUACAGCUCUUCCUGGGUUCCUAUAAUGGACGCAGAGACUUGGAGAUUGAAAGACCUAUACUGGGUCAAAAUGAUAACAGAUUGAAAACGUUAAAGUGUUCUACUUUACUGGUGGUAGGGGACAAUUCACCUGCUGUUGAGGCCGUGGUUGAAUGUAAUUCUCGCCUCAACCCUAUAAAUACAACUUUGUUAAAGAUGGCAGACUGUGGAGGACUGCCCCAAGUCGUUCAGCCUGGGAAGCUCACCGAGGCCUUCAAGUACUUUUUGCAGGGAAUGGGCUACAUCCCGUAUGUGCAUCUCAGUCACCUCAACAGCGAGUCAGUACCAUCUGCCAGCAUGACCCGGCUCGCCCGAUCACGAACCCACUCGACCUCAAGUAGCAUCGGCUCUGGAGAAAGUCCCUUUAGCAGGUCUGUGACCAGCAAUCAGUCAGAUGGAACUCAAGAAUCCUGUGAGUCCCCUGAUGUCCUGGACAGACACCAGACCAUGGAGGUCUCCUGUUAAGCAGAUGUUCCUCCCUGGACCAUGCAAGUCCCUCCACUCCAUAAUAGAACAUUUCACCCUGUCAGCUGGCCUCCACUUUCUUUCACUCAUGCAUGGCCACAGAACCUCUCUCUAAUAACCUGGAUUUAUCAUUCUCUGCCCGCACCCCUUUUUGUAUGUACCAAGAACUACACCCAUGCCAUUACUGUAACAUUCCAACAUACUGAGCUGAUCCGGUCUCCACAUCUUCUCUUGCCAGCUUUUCCCUGUGCUUCCUCAACUAUGUAUCCGAUAAGAUUCUUUGAUUCCCAACUCCAUGUGUGUGUGAGCACGUGUGUGUGUCUGUGUGUGCAUAGUUCUGUGAUUUUAGACAUGCUUUCUUGUAGGGCUUCUGCACAAAAAACAAAGGGACUUUUUUUUUUUUGCAUUCUUGGUGGUGUUUUUAAGGAAAAGAUGCAGAGCAGAUAUCUAGGUGAUUUAGGACACAAGAUUGGUUUUGGUUCCAUGUGGGCAACAAGAUUUGCAGAGUGAAUUUAGGAGAGAGCGGGUCUGAGGAAGUGGGACGUUGUAAUUACUGGCCAGACCAUUGAUUAUGACCAGUUCCAUAGAUAGGCAGGCAGGGUGGCAGCCGCCUUCUCUGUCCAAAUGGAUCCAUAUCUGCUAUUGUGUAAGUAAAGGAGAGAAUGCGGCCUGCUGGAAGCCCCUGAGUGAUGAGGUCUGCUACACCAUGGAGUUUUCUCCAAAGGAGAAGCCUAACUGUUAGAUUCUCUUAGCCCAGGAAGAUGGAAAACAAAACACCCAAGGUCCACUCUGCAGAGCAAAACUACUGUCCCUGCAGCAUCUGAUACCACUUACCAAACAUGCCCAUGUCUGUAGGAAGUGCCUCCCAGGUCUGUGAUGGAGAGCGGUUCUCCAUCCCUCAGUCCCAGUAAAGGGAGGAGUAUGGUUUAAACAUCAUGUUGAUGAUGAGGAGCUGAGAAGGCAAAAGGGAGAACUGUUAACACAAUGUCAUGAUGAGUAAGUGUAGCUACGUUUCAGCAGACAUAAUGAAGCCAAGUUACAUUGAUGUGGAACCCAUUUCUGGGAAAGUCUUAAUUGUGUGAUGUCCCUUUUGUAAGAGGGAAGGAGACAAUCUCAGAGCAGCUCCGUCCAGGUAGAAAUAUUUGGCCCCCUGCCUGCUGUAGGUAAGGGGUCACACCAGCCAGGGAGAGCCUCUGGGAUGAGGUUGAAAGUACCUGGAGACUAGCCACCACACAGGGCUCCACUCUCAAAAGUACCGAGAUGUGAACUCAGAGUCACAUGGUUCUGAAUCUGGGGAAGAGACUUUUCACACACUCUUUGCUUUCUGCUAAGAUAAGGAAUGUGUCACUCUGCUAGAGUAUGACUUUUUACAGGUUAAAUAAAGCUGUAUAUGUCUCACUGUU